GAUAAACCCCCUUGAGCUCAAUAGGGCUGCAUCUUGUCAAGAUCAGAAUCUACCAUGGAUUUGGCUCAGUCAUCCUCCGAGCAUCUUUGCUAUGUCCGCUGCAACUUCUGCAACACUGUUCUUGCGGUUGGAAUUCCAUGCAAGAGAUUGCUCGAUACCGUGACGGUGAAAUGUGGACACUGCAGCAACCUGUCUUUCCUGAGCCCCAAGACUUCCUUUCAAGCUCAAUUCUAUGAUCAUCAAGCCAGCAUUCAUCAGCAGACUUUGUGCAGUGAAUUUAAGAAGGGGCAGCCAUCAUCAUCAUCUUCCUCAACCACAUCUACAGAGCCCUUAUCUCCUAAAGCUCCAUUUGUGGUCAAACCUCCUGAGAAGAAGCAUAGGCUUCCAUCUGCUUAUAAUCGAUUUAUGAAAGAGGAGAUACAGCGCAUUAAAGCCGCGAAUCCGGAGAUACCCCACCGCGAGGCUUUCAGCGCAGCUGCGAAAAAUUGGGCAAGGUACAUCCCAAACUCCACAGGAGGGCCAUUUUCUAAUGGCUGCAACAAUGGUUAAUUAAGUGAAAUGAGAGAAAGCUGAACCAAUAGAGAGAGAUUUUCUACCAAUAAAUGUUGCUGGUUUAAUGGCCAAUUCGAGCAAUGGAAACUAGCUGGGCUAGU